AAACGUAAAGUAUUAUUUAUCCGUUCUGUUUGUUAAAAGUCGUGAUGCGACGACUUUAAAAAUAUUCAGUUUUCGGUCGUCCUUCCAAUUUUAGAGUCACGUGACAGUUGCUAAGGGAAACUUGAGAAGCUUUCGGUGGUGAAAUUCGAAGUUCAAACAUCACAAUAUUUCUGCCGGAAUUUGUURUUGAAUUUGACGUUAUUUUGUCCCAAAGACAAGCUUUAUGAACUUAAAAUGCCAGUAAAGAAGAAAGGAGGGAAAAAAUCUGGAGGGAAGAAGAAAAGUGCCAAGCCGAAGAGAAGUAAAGAAGAUAUUGCUAAGGACAAACUUGAAAAGGCUGCAGCAGCUUUUGAAGCCACCGAAGACCUCCAUGCUGCCUUCGUAGCUCGUAUGAACAAAUGGAUGUUAGACAAUUACUCAAGAGCUAUUGAUUUAUUCCGUCGAUUUGAUGUUGACGGCGAUGGGGAAUUAUCUUACGAAGAAUUUUACGCWGGAAUGAGAGACUUGGAUGCUCCAGCGAACAACUUAGAGCUUUAUGUUCUGGCCAAGAAAUUAGACAGAGAUCAAAAUGAAAGGCUGGAUUAUUUGGAAUUCUCUAAAGGUUUACGGUAUUAUAAGAAAGAGGAGUGCGUUCCCGAUGAUGGUCUGCCGCCCUUGACAUUUGAACGUGAAAAGCUAGAAGACUGUCCUUGUUGUAAGAUUGGGUUAUGGAAACCUCCAACAGAGAAGUACCCUAGGUUUAUCAGCCUAGAGUUWAAACUCAUGACUUUUGCCAACUUACCUCAACUCAAGAACUAUCCAGGACACUUCCAGCUUUAUGUCCAUGCUCACAUAACAGUAUACUCCGUGGUUCAGCUGAUUUGUGAGCGGUUUGGUGGGACACCAAGAAGUGUAUCUAUUUACUGUAUUACGAAAAAUGGAGAGAAAAUAAARCUUGAUCCUCAAGAGAGGCUUCAAGAUUGUGGAUUUUCAGGCGGUCCAAGACAUGAACCUCAGCUGGUGGAGUUGUUAUAUGACUAUGAAACAGAGUUUAGAGACUGUCCAAUACUUAUGUGUGACCAUUAUUUUUCAUAGAUAAUAUAAUAUAUAUAUAUAUAUAUUAAUAUGAUACUCAGAUGGCAUACCAAUGAGUCGUUUGUAAUUUCUUUAUGCAUCAAGACUACAGGUGUUUUUUUAUACUUUUUAUGCAAGAAAACAUGUGUGAUAGGUGAGAUAUGCCAUUAAUCUUGGGAAUGGAUAAUUCACCAAAUUGUGGGAACAAAGAGUGAAGUACUGUUUUCAUUAGGGGUGGCAGUGACAGGGGUUAUGUGUGACAUGUGAUUCAAGCUAAAAUAAGUGUGUGAUACUUGAAAAAUGUAGAGCAUGAUUCAUGAAUUCCAGAAUUACCGUUUAGAAAUUUAGAAUUUUAGAAAUAUUGAUGCAUCCAACAUUCCUUUUGCCAUCCUGACAAAUGCGAUCAGUGGCCAUAUGUGAGUUGAGUGUUGUGUUGUAUAAUGUAACGAUAGUGAGGUUCCGAUAGUGAAUGUAGUGGUAGUGCGCGCGCAUGUGGGGCAAACCUCAUGGAAGAACCCCAUAUGAUCGUCGUAGAAUAUAAGUUUUUCUUUUCUUUAAUGGACCAUCCUUGUGGUUGUUCUUAUUGCUUACUUUGUCAUAUAAAUUUUUUAUCAAUACGAA